AUGUUGAAACAUGUUAAAAGUUUAGAACUGGGCAAGUCGGUGGUCUGUGAGUUAUCAACGCAGGAGAUUGCGCAGAACUUUGUAUUCCUGCGCCCCCUGGUCCAGCAUUUUCCUGACCAUGUGCCUGGAGGGGUGCUCUUGACUGACAUCUGGUUGUAUCUGGACAGCCUCUUCGACCAGAAGUUGCUCUGCAAGCCAGAUGUACCCAAACAAACACAGGCUGCCAACGAAGCCUCCAGAUGCAAGCGUUUGAUCGGCGCCUUGCGCUAUCUCUACAGGAAUAGCGCUCAAAGUCACAAUCAGAAGGUGUCCGAGCUGAAAGGCAUGUUGAUGCCAUCUCCGGCUCGGCGGGAUGCACGUUUAGACCUUCGCAGGGCCAACGCCAAUGAGAACCUUGGGGAGGUGUUGGCUGAUGCUCCCAUGGACCUUGAUGCGGACGCGGACAGUGAGGGCAGCGAUGAGGUUGAGGAGGAUGAGCCUAUGCCCCUUGAUGGUCAACGUUCUGAGGGGGGCGAAGCCGUGGACGACGCCACAACUCUUGUGCUUGGCGCAGGUGAGGAUGUCGCUCCUUUGUCUGAUGUGGACAGUGAUUCCGACGAGGCGUCCUCGGAUGAAGCUGCGAGUGACCCUGAUUCACCACCGAAUGAACCUAGUGGGAGCAAUGGUGACAAGGGGCCCGGUGAUGUGGUUGCGCCAGGCUGCUUCGAAACACCACCGGUGAGGCGUCAGCUGAACAUGGAUGCCGCGUUGAGCGAGGAAAAGAAGGCUGAGCCAGACCAGCCUGUGCAUGAGAUUGAUUCAGACACCACUUCUUCUUCCGCUACAGUUGCCUGCCGUCGCACAGUAUCUUUUGCAAUUGUUUGGGUUGGGUUCAUGGCUAACUGGGGCGUUGUUGUUUAUGAGAAGUGGGAAACCGAGGGUGCUUGUCGUGGUGGUGCUGAUGCUACUGCUGAUUUAUUGGGCUCUUUGAGUCUUCGGGGACAUGAGAACCCUAACCAUGAAGCUUGCAACUUCUCGAAUCUAGAGACCAUGAAGCUCCCAUUGCUUGGAAAGCCUCAAUGGAUCAAAGACAGCGAGCAUGGCAUGUUGAUAAGGUCUCCCCCUACAGUUGGGGAACAAGUUCCUGAGUACAACGGCUAUAACUUGGAGCAUCUACCUCGGCAAGCGUGGCCUGCUGUGGAUCGCAAGCACCAAGGUUUGCACAGCUACACCGUUUUGCGGGGAGCUGCCAAGAUCGAGAUCCUGCUUCGAAACAAGGCCUACUACGUUCGGGGGCCAAAUAAGGGCCAGAUCUCAUGGGCCAAACAUGGUGGCCCACAUGAUGCUUGGAUUGUUGCCUGCACCAAGGCAGGAGUGAUUCCUUAG